AUGCUGGAGGAGCCCGACGGAAACUCCCCCGCGCUCGAGCCGCUGCGGACGCUGCUGGCGCUGCGCGACUGGGGCCAGGGGCCCGAGGGGCGGGGUAGGGUCCUAGCGUACCUGACAGAUCAGCUGGGCCUCGAUUUCUCAGAUGAUGAGGGCUCAGACGAGUGGGGCGCCCCAGGACCGCCGGCCCUUGAUGAAACAGCUGCAGAGGACGCCGCCGCCCCCGCGGCCGCGGACGCCCCGCCCCAGCCGUCCCGCCGCGCGCCGCAGCCCCAGCUGCCCACGCGCCUGUCUCCAGACCAGUACUCCCCAUCCGCCUUCGACCGCGCCGCGCGCGCCGACGCGGCCGCGGCGGCGGCGGCGCCGCCGCUGGGCGCUCUGGGGAAGCUGCGCGCCGCGCAGCUGCCGGCGGCGCUCUGCGACGCGGCCGCCGCGCCGCCCGCUGCGCGGCUGCGGGUGCUGCAGCAGGGGCUGGUGGCGGGGGAGGCGUUGGCGCUGCUGCCGGCGGGGGUGCACGCGGAGCUGGUGGCGGCGUGGGUCUUGGAAGACAGGGACGGCGCGGCACGGUACGCGCUGUGCGCGUGGGCCCAUCUGACGGUCGAACAGAUGGACGCCCUGCGCGGCGCCUUCCCCGAGCCACUGGGCUCAGACACACAGCUCGACCGCCCCUACUUGGCCGAGCGCCUCGCGAAGCGCCUCGCGGCCGCGGUCGCGGACGUGGACGUUGCAGGCGGUGACGCCAGCGGCGGCCGCGGCGGCGGCGGCGGCGGCGCGGGGAGCUGCGGGGAGCUGCUGGCGGCGGAGGCUGCGCUGCUCGAUUCGGCCCUGGGGUUUUGCCAAGAAAUAGGGGCAGCCGCUGACUGGAUCAGGCUGCACGUUCUUCACGCGCGGCUCGAGCUGCAGCUCCGCCAGGACGGGGUGUCGGAUCCGCGCCAGCUCAGCGAGUACUGCCUGCUGCUCUCCCGCUGCCGCUUUGUGGGAUACGACGCACCCGCUUGGAGGGGUGCGCCGGCGCCGCCGCGGGGCCGGGGGCUGCGCGGCUUCGGGGCGGCUUCUUCAGCCGGCGGCGGCGGCAGCUCGGUGGUCGGUGGCGAGGGGCAGCAAGAUGUCACCUAUGACCCCCCAUGA